UUGAAUAAUGCCUUCCUAUUUUUCCUUCUCAGAAAAAUCAGCAUGGAUAAAAAUGAGCUGGUGCAGAAGGCCAAACUGGCUGAGCAGGCUGAGAGAUAUGAUGACAUGGCAAGCUGCAUGAAGUCUGUGACUGAGCAAGGAGCUGAGUUGUCCAAUGAGGAGAGGAAUCUUCUCUCUGUUGCUUACAAAAAUGUUGUAGGAGCCCGUAGGUCAUCUUGGAGAGUAGUCUCAAGUAUUGAACAAAAAACGGAAGGUGCUGAGAAAAAGCAGCAGAUGGCCCGAGAAUACAGAGAGAAAAUUGAGACUGAGCUAAGGGACAUCUGCAAUGAUGUGCUGUCUCUUUUGGAAAAGUUCUUGAUUCCUAAUGCUUCGCAAGCAGAAAGUAAAGUUUUCUAUUUGAAAAUGAAAGGAGACUACUACCGUUACUUGGCUGAGGUUGCUGCUGGAGAUGACAAGAAAGGGAUAGUGGAGCAGUCGCAACAGGCAUAUCAAGAAGCUUUUGAAAUCAGUAAAAAGGAGAUGCAACCAACACAUCCCAUCAGAUUAGGUCUGGCCCUAAACUUCUCGGUGUUUUAUUACGAGAUUCUGAAUUCCCCGGAGAAAGCCUGCAGCCUCGCAAAAACGGCUUUUGAUGAAGCCAUUGCUGAACUUGAUACAUUAAGUGAAGAAUCAUACAAAGACAGCACGCUAAUAAUGCAAUUACUGAGAGACAACUUGACAUUGUGGACAUCGGAUACCCAAGGAGACGAAGCUGAAGCAGGAGAAGGAGGGGAGAAUUAACCAGCCUUCCAACUUUCAUCUGCCUCAUUCUAAAAUUGACACAGUAGACCAUUUGUCAUCCAUGCUGUCCCACAAAUAGUUUUUGUUUACGAUUUAUGACAGGUUUAUGUUACUUCUAUUUGGAUUUCUAUAUUUCCCAUGUGGUUUUGUUUAAUAUUAAGGGAAUAGAGCCAGUUAACAUUUGGGGAAUUUAUCUGUUUUCAUCUGAGGUGGCCAAUAUAGGGUUGUGAAAUUUUUAUACAAGUUUUACAUGUUUGGCAUAGUACUUUUGGUACAUUGUGGCUUCCCACAAGACCAGUGUUAAACAGCUUCCUAUGUCAGGCAAAGAAAACCGCUUGCAUAUUGGUCUGUCACAGUCAGGGUGGGGUGGGGGGAGGGAUAAUCGGUUGCAGCCACAGGUGUAGUUAGUGCGAGUACUUCAAAGCUGGAGCAUACAUGGCUGUGAGGGAACCAAUGUCCCAUGGAUAUUGCAUGUCAAGCAUGUGAAAUCUAUGGAAUAUAAUCACGUGUACAUCUUUGAUUGCAGCUGAAGUGUUCCUUGAGACAGUCUGAUAACCCAGUCCACUUUUUCCAGAGAAGGGCAGAAACGGUUCACAUUCCAUUAUUUGUAAAGUUACCUGCUGUUGCUUUCAUUAUUUUUGCUACACAUUUUAUUUGUAUUUAAAUGGUUUAAGCAACCUAAGAACAAAUGUACAAGUAAAGAUGCAGUAAAAAUGAAAUGCUUGAUAUCGAUAACUACACUGUAUAUCGAGCACAGCAGUAAAACAAACCCAUGUAUUUAACUUUUUUUUAGGUUUUUUGCUUUCGUGAUUUUUUUGAUACUUGCCUAACAUGCAUGUGCUGUAAAAAUAGUUAACAGGGAAAUAACUUGAGAUGAUGGCUAGCUUUGUUUAAUGUCUUACGAAAUUUUCAUGAACAAUCUAAGCAUAACUGUUAAGAACAUGUGUAUUAAGUUGAUGUAAGUGGAAUAAAAGUUUUAUGAAUGGACUUUUCAA